GAGAGAGGGGCUGGACUCCGGUCGUCCGCAGGGUCGUGAGUGUGGAGCAGCUGCUCGUCUUGCCGGAGCGUCAGUCUGUCUUGCAGCGUCGGUCUCUUGACUCAGACAAGAACCUCCUGCUCAGAAAGAAAGAACCGAGUGCCUUAUUCAUACAGCAUGAGCUCCUCCAGCAGCACUGGUCCCCAGUGUGGGAAGAUGGCUGCUGUUGUCCCAGAUCUCCCCAGCGGGCCUCUGGACGUGUACAGGACGAAGGCCUCGUUCAACUGGAAGGACAUGGUCCUUUUCUUAGAGGGAGAGGACGUGUACACAUUCAAGCAACAUGUGUUCAGCACGCUGGAGAAUGACCCGCUUUUCUCCCGUCAACCCGGCGAAGACCUCUCCAUCGAGAAGAGGAGAGAGCUCACCUUCCUCAGAGUCAAACAGCUGUUCCGGUACAACUUCCUCACACAAGACGACAUCGCAGCGAAUCCAUGGAAGGUUCUAGUCUUCACUGACUGUCUGGGCAUGUAUGACUGGUCUCUUUCUGCCAAGUUCUUCUUAAACAAGGGGAUGUUUGGGGGGACUGUUGCCAACUCGGGAUCAGAAAGACACAUCAAGUUUGUCCAGGAUACCGAGGACAUGACGAUAUUUGGAUGCUUUGCCCUGACUGAGCUGAGCCAUGGCAGCAACACGAGAGGCAUGAGGACGACAGCCACAUACGAUCCCAGCACACAGGAGUUUGUGGUCGACACCCCUGACUUUGAGGCUGCCAAGUUCUGGGUGGGCAACAUGGGGAAGACGGCCACGCAUGCUGUGGUGUUUGCUCAGCUUUACACACCUGAUGGAGUCUGCCAUGGCCUGCACUCCUUCAUCGUGCAGAUAAGAGAUCCUAAAACCCUGAUGGCCAUGCCUGGUGUAAUGGUUGGUGAUAUGGGAAAGAAACUGGGCCAAAACGGAUUGGAUAAUGGGUUUGCCUUGUUCUGCAACGUGAGGAUCCCCCGAGCGAAUAUGCUGAGUAAGACAGGCGAUGUGACACCUGAUGGGCAGUACGUAACACCGUUCAAGGAUCCCAACAAGCGUUUUGGGGCAGCUCUGGGGGCGUUGUCCGGUGGCCGUAUUUCCAUUUGUAGGAUGGCAAAGGAUAAUCUGAAGCUAGCCUUGACUGUGGCCAUACGUUUCUCUGCCACCAGACGGCAGUUUGGGCCCAGAGACUCUGAGGAGAUCCCUGUUUUGGAGUACCAGUUACAGCAAUGGCGUCUCCUCCCCUUCCUGGCAGCAGUGUACGCUCUGGACCACUUCUCCAAGUCUGUCUUCAUGAAUUUUGUGGAGUUUCAGGUUGGACAGAUGAUGAAGGACAAAAGCAACCGACAGGUGGAGCUAGGCCGAGAGCUUCAUGCUAUAGCCUGCUCCAUGAAGCCCCUGGGCUCCUGGACAGCUCAGAGAGGAAUUCAGGAGUGCAGGGAGGCCUGUGGUGGACAUGGAUACCUGGCCAUGAACCGCUUGGGUGAUAUCCGUGAUGACAACGACCCCAACUGCACAUACGAGGGAGACAACAAUGUACUACUGCAACAGACCAGCAACUACCUGCUCAGCUGGCUCCAUACCAAGCACUCCGACGGUGUGGGGACUGAGUCUCCUCCGGAGUCUGUCAAGUUCUUACAUGAUUUUAACAAGAUCCUUGAGACAAAGUUUACCGCAACGACCAUUGAGCAGUGUGUGGACUCUUCAGUGCUGCUGGCGGCCUAUAAGUGGCUGGUGUGUUUCCUCCUGAAGGAGAGCCAGAGGAAACUUGCCCAGGAGAAGGCUUCUGGAAAGACCAACUUUGAGGCCCACAAUGACAGCCAGGUGUACUACUGCCGUUCCCUGUCUGUUGCCUACAUAGAGCACACUGUUCUGCAGAGGUUCCACGACUUCACCUGUGACCAGAACACACCCGAUGACCUCAGACCAGUCCUAAAGAAGCUCUGUUCCCUCUACGGCCUCUGGACCCUCAGCAACCACAUGGCCACACUGUACCAGGGUGGGUAUUUCUCAGGAAGAACGCCAGUGGAGUUUGUCCAGGGGGCCAUUGUCAACCUCUGCUCCCAGCUGAAAGACGAGGCCGUGGCACUGGUGGACGUCAUCGCUCCUCCUGACUUCAUUCUCAACGCUCCAAUUGGCAAGGCCGAUGGCGAGCUGUAUAAGAACCUGUGGUCCACGGUGAUGCAGAGCAGCAACGUGAUGGAGCGUGCGGCCUGGUGGAAGGAGUUCUGUGCAGACAAACCUGUGGUGGGAUCCCUCCGUGCCAAGCUCUGAAGCCCUGGAUGGACCGUUAGAGAGCCCUGCAACAUAAUCAAACCAAAUUCCUCCUCUUCAUCGCUCCAUCCUCUCAACAGCUUUACCCCUGUUGAGGAAAAGAUGAGCAGUGUUGUGGAUACUGACCCUGAUUGAAGACGUUAGCAACUACAAAGGAUUAAGUCUUUAUUCAGAUUAACAGUUUAACAUUUCCAAUUGCCUUAUGAUGAAGCCCGCAGUGGUUUGAAAUCUCACAUGAAGUUGUUCUACUCUUCAUUUUAACUGCUGAGUCGAUAUUUAAUUCUUGAUCAUUUUUGAUGCCUUGGAAACAAAACAGCCCAAAAUAAAGAGCUCGAGUUUUAGAAUCAACAUGUCAUAAUUAAUAAUGAUAUAGGCUCCAGCGAUAGGCUACAGCGUCCCGCGACCCUGAGAGCAGGUGAAGCGGUUUGGUUAAUGGAUGGAUGGAUGGACGUCAUAAUUAAUUGAUGUGAAAUUUACAUUUAGCAGACAUUUUAAUCCAUAGCGACCUGCAAGACUCAACUGAGAUAUGAACAUCAGCACCUGGUUUUAUACAGCGCCACAUAGUGGUCACAGCCAGGAGUCCACGCCAUGUCCCAUGCAUGUAGCGAUAGUGCCUCACACCAUCCAGGUAAGAGACGCACACUACGACGUACAUACACAAAGCCACAUGUUGUUAGCAGACAUCAUGUGAAGUGACGUGAGGGUAGCAGGAGGACACAGCAGUGGACAUGAUGACACCAGUGUCUAAGAGAGGAGGACACAGUAGUGGACAUAAUGACACCAGUGUCUAAGAGCAGGUGGACACAGUAGUGGACAUAAUGACACCAUUGUCUAAGAGAGUAAGACACAGCAGUGGACAUAAUGACACCAGUGUCUAAGAGCAGGUGGACACAGUACUGGACAUAAUGACACCAGUGUCUAAGAGAGUAGGACACAGCAGUGGACAUAAUGACACCAGUGCCUAAGAGCAGGUGGACACAGUAGUGGACAUAAUGACACCAUUGUCUAAGAGAGUAGGACACAGCAGUGGACAUAAUGACACCAGUGCCUAAGAGCAGGUGGACACAACAGUGGACAUAAUGACACCAGUGUCUAAGAGCAGGUAGACACAGCAGUGGACAUAAUGACACCAGUGUCUAAGAGCAGGUGGACACAGCAGUGGACAUAAUGACACCAGUGUCUUAAGAGCAGGUGGACACAACAGUGGACAUAAUGACACCAGUGUCUAAGAGCAGGUGGACACAGCAGUGGAUAUAAUGACACCAGUGUCUAAGAGCAGGUGGACACAGUAGUGGACAUAAUGACACCAUUGUCUAAGAGAGUAGGACACAGCAGUGGACAUAAUGACACCAGUGUCUAAGAGCAGGUGGACACAGCAGUGGACAUAAUGACACCAGUGUCUAGGACAGUCAGGGUGUAACAGCAGUAACACAUGUCAUCAGUAGUGUGAAGUGAUUCAUAUUAGCUGGCAGCGUCCAGCAGGCAGUUGGAAGAGUCUUACUGGGAGACGUGAGGACGAAUGCAGAUGAGGAAAGUUUUCUGGCCUUUCUUGAAAUGAGCAAAAGAAAGAAAGACACUUUAUUGUCAUGUACAGGUUACACUGACUGUGUCUCUGUGUGUAACCAGAGCAACCAGCAGGGCGGCUGCAGCACCCGGGGACCAACUCCACUUCUUCUUUCCACUGCCUUGCUCCGGGGCACAGGCAGGAGUAUUAACCCUAACAUGCAUGUCUUUCUGAUGGUGGGAGGACACCCACGCAGACAUGGGGAGAACAUGCAAACUCCACACAGAAAGGACCUGGGAAGAGCAGGGGUUCGAACCCAGGACCUUCUUGCUGUGAAGAACAGUGCUGACCACUUGGCCACCGUGCCGCCCCGUUUUUUUUUUUUUUAAAGAAGCAAGUACGUGACUCUUCUCAGUUGGCUCAGUCGAUGGACAUUUGUUUAACUGUCUCUGGUUUAACGAACAAAACCAAAGUAUUGUGUUUUCAGUCUGUUCGGAGGGAUGGAACAACAAGCAGGAGUACGAGUCCAGAAGUUGCUCUGUUUGUGUUACGUAACAGAUGAAUUCAGUGUCUGUAGGUCGACUCACAAACCUCUCUGCUAAUUACUUUCUGUCAUGUCGGUGACAAUAAAUCAGGAA